UGCAUACAUUGUGUAAGUUGAUUAACUUUGAAACAAAGCUAUUCAGUUAAAAGAAAAUAAAAUAAUUCAUAUUAAUUGACAAUGAAGCUUGUUUUACUCAUAAUUAUCAGUUUGGCACUUUUAUCCAGUACGUCAUCGAGUCGUACCUAUCGUUCUACUGACUAUGGUUCAUCACGUAUGCGCAUCAUUAAUGCACCUUCAAAUCAGGUUCCAUUAUCAUGUCCAGGACCACCAGGACCUAUAGGUCCACAAGGACCUCCAGGACCACCAGGACUACCAGGACCAAGGGGACCACCAGGAACACCUGGACCUCAAGGACCACCAGGAGCAAGAGGACCACCAGGACCACGAGGCCCACCAGGACCACCAGGACCACGAGGACCACCAGGACCAUUAGGACCACCAGGAUCGUCAGGAAAGCUUGUUUUACUCAUAAUUAUCAGUUUGGCCCUUUUAUCCAGUACGUCAUCAAGUCGUACCUAUCGUUCUACUGACUAUGGUUCAUCACGUAUGGGCAUCAUUAAUGAGCCUUCAAAUCAGGUUCCAUUAUCAUAUCCAGGACCACCAGGACCUAUAAGCCCACAAGGACCACCAGGACUACCAGCACCAAGGGGACCACCAGGACCACCAGGACCUCAAGGACCACCAGGACCUGAAGGACCACCAGGACCACAAGGACCACGAGGACCACCAGGACCACAAGGACCACGAGGACCACCAGGACCACCAGGACCUCAAGGACCACCAGGGCCAUUAGGACCACAAGGACCACGAGGACUACCAGGACCACCAGGACCUGAAGGACCACCAGGACCAUUAGGACCACAAGGACCACGAGGACCACCAGGACCACCAGGACCAUUAGGACCACCAGGAUCGUCAGGAUAAUUUUAAGCUCGAUUUCUGCACUCUAUGUAUUCUCUAUAUUAAUACAUAAAAGUAGUCAUAUUAAGCAAUAUUAAUUGGGUAUUAUCCAUAAUAACGACUAGAUCAAUAUUUGAUUGACUCAGUGAAUAGUUUUAAGA